AUGUCCCUUGCUAACAGUUUCUGGACUCAGGACUAUGAGCUGGGUUUUAGGAUAUUGUUUGACCAAUUAUACCAGGGAGUCAGUGAAAAUGAAGAUUUCGUGCAAUUGUUCACGAAGCGCAUGGAACUGGAACUCUUGUACGGAACUCAAUUGGAAGCUAUAGAAAAGUCGGUUGUAAGACGCAGUAGCAAAAGACAAAAUAAUGACGAUUAUGUGUCUUCCAUAAAGAAUGCAUUUCAAAAAGUCAACGAGAAUUUCACCAAACAAGGUGAAUUGCAUUUGCAGAUCGCAUCAAACAUCAAGCUUUUAGUAUUAGAGCCAUUUGAAAAAUGGUGCAAGGAACACAAGCAAAGAGUUGAAUAUUCUGAAUCAGUUAUCUUGGAUAAGAAUAAAGUUUUCAAGAAUGCAAAGCAUUCCUUGGAAAAGUUGCAAAAGAGGUAUUUUAACAAAUGCAGAAUGCUCGAAGAAUUUAAGUCUCACUACGGUGAAGAUGAGUUGAACGAGGAACUAAAAGAUUUUUCUUUCAGUGAGUCGAUUGAAAAAGGUGACAGCAAAGAAGAAGAAAAUAUUGAAGAUGAAGAAGAUUCUACAAAGUAUCAGAUCGCAGGAACGGAUUUUGAUCAUAGGUCCCUCAAGCAAUUGCUUAAGAAUAUUUUGAAUGGAAUAGAGUUAGCCUCCCACAAAGUUCCUAUUUUGGGAACAUACCAGAACGUUUCAACCGGUAGUGCUAUUACACAAUGGCUUUUAGAUAACAGGGAGGACCUCAAUCGAAAUAUUGUAAAGGCCGAACAAUUUGGACAGGGCCUUGUCAAUCUUGGUUUUAUAAGAUUGAUUGGUACAAUGGGUAACAAGAAUUUCAUCAAUUCAUCGCAAUUCUACUACCAGUGGAAACCAAUAGUCUUUGAAUUGACUAAGUUAACGAAUAUGGAGACUGCCGUUUCUGGAGAUGAUGUCAGCAGGGAGACUUCUCUUGUAAACAAGGCCCAAUUUCAAGAUUAUUUUGAUGAUGUCAAAGAAGCAAUUGGUGUUGGUAGUGUCGAUUACAGCGAUAUAUCCCAACUCUCAAAGUUAAUUAGCGAAGUAAAUCAAUUGGAUUCACAUUACUACAAGAAGGCAGUUGAAUUGGACAAAAUCAGAUGUGAUUACGAGGAACUAAUAAUGGACCAUUUGACCUUCAUGCAAAAGUGUGAAUUCGAUAGAUUGAAAGCCAUUAAGAAAGUUACUUUCGAUUUUCUUUCCAGCUUUGCAAAUAAAGUAACAAGUAUGAAGCUGGCGUGUGAUGAACUUUUGAUAUUGGAAGAGACCAUUAACCCGACCAACGACUUGAAGUUCUUGAUUGAGAAUUAUGCAACUGGGAAUUUUAAACCCCACGUCAUCCUUUAUGAUAACUACUAUAAUUCCAACAUCAACCAAACAUUUGGUGUUGACUUAUCGGUGAAGUCACGUUUGGAUAGAAAAGUUGUUCCAAUCAUUAUCCAGUCUAUUUUAUCUCACUUGGAUAAAGUUUAUCCAGGUCUUGCGAACGAUGAGGAGAGAAUAAACUUGUGGACUCAUCCUAUUCAUUUAUCUAAUGUUCACAGCUUGAGAUUUCAAAUAAAUAAUGUAAAUGAUCCGAGCAUCAUCCAGGAGAUUUUAUCCCAGGUACAUCCAAUGAUUAUCACAAAUGUUCUCAAAUUAUAUUUUAUGGAGUUGCCUGAUUCUGUCGUACCUCACAGCUACUAUGAUCUAAUCAAAUCAUUAUACCAAAAUUAUCCUGUAAAUGAUCCAUCCAAAACAAACCACAGAAUUAAUGGAUUGCAGAAUGUUUUGGUAGACUUGCCAAAAUCGAAUCUUGCAACACUAGAUGCCAUUUUGACUCAUUUGAAUAGAUUGAUUCAAAUCAUCGGCGCCAAGGAUGGCGAACUUGCUAACAGCUUGCAGGUCAAAUUGUCCAAAGAGUUUGGAAGUUUAAUUCUCAGACCGAAGGUUGACUCUAUGAAUGUUGAUAUUUCGAGAAACUUGCAUAACGACAAGCAUCAAAUAAACUUCAUCAAUGAUUUGUUUGAGAAUAAGGAGACCAUAUUCAAGGAAUUAAGGAGAAGAAAUUCUACAAGACAGGUCAACAGCAAUACGCCAAGUAGAGAACCUUCGGUUACCUCAAGAUUAACACCGAGGUCUUCAUUGGUAGCUAGUUCGAAAUCGAGAUUGGAAUCGAAGUUCCAAAGUGCUAUUCAUCGGACAAAGAAAACUGAUAGUAGCAAUAAAUUUGGUUCUGCUUCUGAUGAGAACGGCUCGCCAUCUUAUGAUUCUGAAGCUGAUUCAACACCACCCCCUAUCACUCCAAAAAAGGCUGAACCUAAUUCAUUGAAGAGGUCUACUUCUCCGAAUAAGAAAAAGUUGAAUACCCUAUUAUCUGAAGAGAAAUUGAGUGUGGUAUCGUCGAGAUCUCCGAAGAAGGAUAACUCAGGUGACUCUGGAAAUGGUUCCAUUUCGGAUUUGGCCCAACCGGCUGCUCCCUCUUUAUCCAGAAAAACCUCAGUUAGGAAUUCGGCAUCUCACUUCGACUCGCCAUCUUCAGAAGUAUCUGAAGACAGAGCAGAAUCUCCAAGCAGAGAAGCAAAAUUACGAAAAGACUCUAAGAGCGAAGUGAUUGUUGUUGAUUAA